AUGCCGGAGGAAGAGUACAUCUCUCUUCAAAUCCUUCAUUCCAGCGAUUACGGAAGUGGCACUACCGGAAGAACUUUAGUUGGAACCCCUCAUUAUCUUUCCCCCGAGGUUUGCACGCCCUCAGGUGAGGGUUACAAUGAAAAAGCGGAUAUCUGGAGCCUCGGAUGUGUUUUAUAUGAAUGUUGCUAUUAUCGACACGCUUUCAAAGGGGAGAAUUUAGCUACACUUUUUAAGAACAUAACGCUCGGCGCUUAUAAAGAAAUCUCGCGAACUUAUUCAAAAAAAUGCCGAAGGCUAUUAUAUUUUCUUUUACAAGUGAAUCCUCAAAAGAGACCCACCGCUGAAGAAAUUUAUGAUUAUGUUUACGAUUACCACAACAGCUUUUAUGUGGACUUUACCGUCGUUGAAAAAUAUUUUCAAGAAAUAAACAGAAAUUAUAACUUUACGCAGUACGAGAGAAACAAAGAGCCGUUGGAAGCCCUUCAACAUCGACUUUUUGUCAAUAAGCAGCUCUUGCUGAAGCAUAAACCCGUGCGGCGGGCAGAAGAAUCGUGUGGAAAAUAUGGGAGCUCCUUGCAUGCAAAGUACGACUCUGCUAAAUACCAGCAACAACUGCAAGAAGAACUUGAAUGCACAAUGGACUCCUCAUGCGCGUCCAGAAACCAUGUGUUAAUCAGCGAAUCAAAAAAAUGGAAUACGCAACUUACAGACAAGCGCCAGUGUGGUGGUAGAAGUCCCGUGGAAGAAUUACUUAAGACCAGCGCGCGGCGGGUUGACCGGGAGGGUCAGCAAUGUCGUAUAAAAAGCGAUCGAUUACUGACCCAAAGUGGAUUACGCCAUGUGCGUAAGGAGAGAUUGCAACAAUCUGGCUUCUGCUGGGAUAAGAGAUUAGCUGAUAACGAAAGCUUAUGCUACACUGACUAUGAAGGCGAGAAUGAUGACAACGACAAGACAAUAACGUGCGCGAAUACAAAGUUUCGAAACCGCUUUGAAAAAAUUGUGGACAGCAAAUAUAGAAAAAGUGAUAGCGACUCCAGUAGUGAAGAAGAUGUAUACCAGAAAAAACUUCAACUUAAUAAGCUAAAACUAUAA